CGACUCCCUUCUCCCUCCCCUUCCCUCCUGUUUCUCAGAUCUCAUUCUCUCUCUCUCUCUCUCUACACUUCUUCCGCAGCAUCGAUGGGGAAGCAACCGCGAGGCGGCAAGAAGCCGGACAACGUCGGCAAAGGCAAGGUCACGCCGGUCCAGAUCGCCUUCAUCGUCGACCGCUACCUCCACGACCACGGCUACAAGCAGAGCCGGUCCGCGUUCCGCGCCGAGGCCUCCUCUCUCAUCGCCAAAUCCCCUCUCCACGAGGCGCCGAAGGGGCUGCUGAGUUUGGAUGCGAUGCUGAACGAGUACAUAAGCUUGAAGGAGCAGAAGGUGACGGUGGACCAGGAGAGGGUCCAGUUGGAGCAGGAGCGGUGGAGGAUCCAGACGCUGUUGCAGGGUAUGCAGGACGCAAUGAACGCUUACAACGCCGGUGCUGGUCCGCCCACCCCGACGACGAUUCAAGCUCCUCCCGUUGCCAGUUUGGUGGUGGCUCAUCCUCCGUCUAACCCGAGUAGCGGAUCGCCUACAGGUUGUCCUACAUACAAUACGCCCUCCACUGUGCCACCAUCCAUGUCCUCCAAGGUCAGUUUAAAUCUGGAGAAGUCCUCUCUGCAUUCAGGAGGUCAACCAUCUUCAGGCAAAAGGAAGGGUCCAAACGCUUCCAUGGAAGCUACUUCAUUGGCAAAGAAAACUCGCACUCUUUCAUCCUCAAGCAGGUUGCCUGACAAAUCUGAAGGUGUAAUUAGACAGUCUAUUGAAGGCAGAACUGAUCAAGGAAAUGCCAACCUUUCCGGGUUAGUGCAGGGCAUAAGCCAGAAAAGAGUGAUCAGUGGUUCAAUGGUUCAAGGGUCCAGUAUCGUUAAGAGGUUGUUCAAUCAGCCUCUGCCGUGUACUCCAAAUAAAUCAUCUGUCCCGAAAACGCCUCCACAAGGGAUUUCUUCUCCAACUGGAAAAUGCGCAUCCUCAGUUGAAGCGUCUUCAAAUGGGGGCUGCAGUAACAAUACUACACCUCAAGAGGCUACCCCAACUCGCUGCACUGUGGUUUCCUAUGAAAGAGUUACAGUGAGCCCUUAUAAGCAAGGUGGCCUUUACACGAUUGAGAGGAGCCACUGUGUUUCUUCUACCUCACCAGCGAAGACAGAUUUGAAGAGACUUCAUAGAAGGGAACAUGUCAAGGGAAGAUUGGACUUUGAUAAUCCUGAUGUGUCAACUACCUUGGGCAAAGAGCAGGCUGACAAUCCUUCAACUUCUAAAUCUCAAAGUGACAUCGACAUUUUUGACAUAGAUUUUCCUAACUUAGAAGCAUUUGGAGUCUCAUUUUCUGAAUUUUUGGUUGAUUUUGAUUUUGACUACAACGGGAUGAAUGUUUCUAGCCAGCCAACCACGCAUGCUUCUCCAGUCUCAGAAUCUUCGCCCGAAUCAAGGGAUAACAACUUGGGGGCUCAUCACUGUCUGUCAGAUUCUCCAGGAACAGUUACAGAAAUUCUUUCAGAAAAUGACGCGAAUCUCGCAGGCCUAAAUGGAGCAAUGGAAUCUGUGACAAAGGAUCCGGACCCCAGCAGAGGAUCUGAGAACUUGGACCCGGAGAAUUAAGCAUAAGAGAGUUGAUUUCCUCUAAAGAAACUUCACUUGAAGCAGAUUCGUCGCAAUGACAACACUAACAGCAAAGUGAUCUGAUCUGAAUCUACUCAGACGAGCCAUUCUAGCCUUGUUUGUUCUGUCUAAUGUUAGAGCACUAGCUUGAUUUGGUGCGUAUAUACUAAAUCUCUGAUUGAUUAUUUUC